AUGGCGCAGCUGGCACCAAGCCAAAGCAGGCUGCAGCUCUCUGGCGGGGGCUGCCGCUGCAGCGGGCUGCUGGAGGUGCAGCAGGAGGCCGCCUGGGGCCGCCUGUGCUGGGACAGCUUCGUCGCAGCCAGACUGGCCGGCGCCUGCCAGCAGCUGGGCUGUGGCCCCUCCAUCUCCAAGCCCCUCCAGACCAUCGUCACCGGUGGGAAGGAGCCACAGAUGAGGCUAGAGAGGUGUCGGGGGCGAGUGACAGACCUGGCAGGCUGCUCCUUGGUGCCAGCAAAUUGCACCCAGCACAUUUUCCUCAGCUGCAGGGAGCCAGUGAAAACCACCCCUGAACCCACAUCAGUGCCACCAACCACCACGCUGGAACCCACUGGAUCUCCCAGGCUGCGGCUAGUGGACGGAGGUCUUCAAUGCUCAGGCUUUGUGGAGCUGCACAAAGAAGGGCUGUGGGGAGCUGUGGCCAGCAGCCCAGGCCUGUGGCCACGAAUGGCCACCCACAUCUGCCAGCAGCUGGGCUGUGGCACGGCUGUCAGCACGGCUGCUCAGCCCCAGCCGGAGCAGGGAAGCCACUUGCCGGUGAGGUGGGAGGUGCUGGAGCCCUGCAGCAACCACUCAGCUCUCCACUGCUUCAACAGGACCAGGGGGCAGCGAGGGCACCCUCCUGCCUUCCUCACCUGUGAAGGCUCCCAGCCCCGGGUCCUGAGGAGGUUGGUGGCCGGCGCCACGCCGUGCGAGGGGGACCUGGAGGUGUUUCACCAGGGCAGGUGGCAGGGGCUGUGUGACAGCAGGGAGCAGCGAGCCCAGUGGGGCCAGCAGCUCUGCCAGGAGCUGCAGUGUGGCAACCUCUCCUCCAGCACCAAGAGCCAGGCCCCACCUGCCAUGGGUGUCACCUGCAAGGCCUCCACCCUGCACCUCUGCUCCGGCAAGCUCGGGUCGUCGGAGAUGUGCUCCCGGACCAGAGUUGUGUGUCAGGACUCCAAGCCACCUCCUGUUGGCACAUCUGCAGGCACCAUCGUGAGCAUCUGCCUGGCCCUGCUUCUCCUGGGCAUCCUCCUGCUCCUCUGUGGUCCUCCAGCAUACAGGAGGCUGAUGAAGAGAAUGUCCCAAAAGAAGCAGCGGCAGUGGAUCGGCCCCACAGGACUCAGCCAGACGGCCUCCUUCCACCGCAACAGCACCGUCAGCGUGAGGCCACGAGCAGAGGGGCAGAGGGGGCAGGGGGACAAUGACUAUGCUCAGCCCCCCCAGAAGAGCCUCUCAGCUUACCCAGCCCUGGAAGGUGCAUGCAGAGCUUCCAACCCUCCAGACAACUCCUCUGACAGUGACUACGACCUGAGCUCUGCCCGCAGAGUGUGA